AUGUCCCCCUUUUCCUUCCGUCGCCCUCGCGAUAUCCCUUCCCCCUCCCGUCGCCUGUCCGCUCUCUCUCCCGUCGCCUGUCCGCUCCCCCCGCCCUCGCCUUCGUGCUCUCUCUCCCGUCGCCUUCGUGCUCUCCCUCCCGUCGGCUUCGCGCCCUCCCUCCCGUCUCCUUCGCGCCCUCCCUCCCGUCUCCUUCGCGCUCUCCCUCCCGUUGCAUGUCCGCCCUCCCUCCCUUCGCCUUCGCGCUCUCUCUCCCGUCGCCUGUCCGCUCCCCCUCCCCUCGCCUUCGUGCUCUCCCUCCCGUUGCCUGAACCCCCGUCCCUCCCUUCGCAUUCGCGCUCUCUCUCCCGUCGCCUGUCCGCUCCUCCUCCCCUCGCCUUCGUGCUCUCUCUCCCGUCGCCUGCGUGCUCUCCCUCCCGUCGGCUUCGCGCCCUCCCUCCCGUCUCCUUCGCGCUCUCCCUCCCGUUGCCUGUCCGCCCUCCCUCCCGUCUCCUUCGCGCUCUCCCUCCCGUUGCCUGUCCGCCCUCCCUCCCUUCGCCUUCGCGCUCUCUCUCCCGUCGCCUGUCCGCUCCCCCUCCCCUCGCCUUCUCGCUCUCCCUCCCGUCGCCUUUCUCCUUCCCCACUUCAUCUCCUAUCACUCACGUCCUCCCCUCCCAUCGGCAUCGCGCUCACGUUCCGCCCUCCCGUCACCAUCGCGCUCACGUGCACCUGUCUUCGCAUCGCCUUCGCGCUCAUGGCCUCCCCUCCGAUCACGUUCCGUUGUGA